UAUAAUACUUGUAAAAUAACUUUGUAUAAUAUUCUUGGGCUGGAAAACGGCCUUUAUUGCCUUUACCGCUCGUUACAAAAAAAAGAAUGAACCUGUACAUUUGAAAUUGGUCAAAGAGAAAUCAGCGCGAGGUGUUUUUAUAUAGAAUUCAUAAGUAAACGACUAAAGAUGAAAUUGUAUUGUUUAUCUAGUGAACCAACAAAACCAUGUUUGGUUUUGAGCUUUAAAGGAAUUACACUGAUGCUAGACUGUGGCUUGAAUAUGCAAUCCAUUUUGCAUUUUAUGCCUCUGCCUAUGGUUCCUAGUAGCAAGUUUAACUCAUUACCGACAUGGAUUCCACGUGAUAAUCAGCAGGAUUGGCAAAUUGAAGGGGAGUUGAAGGAAUGCUGUGGUAGGAUUUUUGUGGAUUCAACUCCAGAGUUUUCUCCCCCUCUGGAAAAAAUAAUAGAUUUUUCUGAGAUUGAUGCUAUUUUAAUAUCUAAUUAUACUUGUAUGCUUGCACUGCCAUUUAUAACAGAAGGCACUGGUUUCAAAGGUAUAAUAUAUGCUACUGAACCCACAUUGCAAAUUGGACGGUUCUUCAUGGAGGAGUUGGUGGAAUUUAUCGAACAAACUCCAAAAGCAACACUGGCCAAACACUGGAAGGAAAUGUUACAUGUGUUGCCACCUCCAUUGGCAGAUGUAAUUAAGCCGAAAUCUUGGAGGCAUAUUUAUUCCAUGUCAGCCAUAAACUCUGCACUAUCAAAUAUCCAGCUAGUUGGAUACGACCAGAAAUUGGAUAUAUAUGGUGCUUUAACAGUUACACCUAUCAGUUCUGGAUAUUGUUUAGGAAGCAGCAAUUGGCUGAUAUCCUCCGAUCACGAGAAAGUUGCUUUCGUCAGCGGUUCGUCUACAUUGACUACUCAUCCAAAACCCAUGGAGCAAGCAACAUUGAAGCAUGCCAACAUGUUGAUAUUGACAGGUUUAACUCAAACGCCAACUGCUAAUCCCGAUACGAUGCUUGGAGAAUUAUGCAUGACUGUUGCUGUGACUCUCAGGGCAGGGGGAUGCGUUUUGAUACCCUGCUAUCCUUCUGGUGUGGUAUACGAUCUGUUUGAAUGCCUGAGCACGCAUUUAGAUAAGUCGGGUUUCACACAAGUGCCUCUGUUCUUUAUCUCGCCGGUAGCGGAAACGUCAUUGGCGUACUCAAACAUACUCGCUGAAUGGCUCUCGACAAAUAAGCAAAACAAAGUUUAUCUUCCAGAGGAACCGUUUCCUCACGCUUUCCUCGUGAAAAACGCCCGCUUGAAGCAUUUUACAUCCACGUAUGCGGAAGGGUUCAGUAAUGAUUACCGGCAACCUUGUGUAGUUUUCUGCGGACAUCCCAGUCUUAGAUUCGGUGAUGCUGUGCAUUUCGUACAGUUAUGGGGUAACAAUCCUUUGCACACAAUAAUCUUUACAGAACCAGAUUUUCCGUAUUUGGACGCUCUCGCACCGUUUCAACCGUUAGCUAUGAAAGCAGUGCAUUGUCCCAUCGACACGUCUCUCAACUUUACUCAGGCUAACAAACUCAUACGGGACCUGAAGCCAGAACAUUUAGUUAUACCGGAAUGUUACACGCAGCCACCUUUAACGGCACUGCAUAGAAUGGAUCUGGUCAUUGAACCAGUGGGAGAAAAACCUUUAAUUACAUUCAAACGGGGAGAAGUGAUAAAGUUGCCGUUAAAGCGGAAAAAGGGCCGCGUGUUUAUUGAGCCGGAGUUAGCGGGAAGCAUUGUGCCAAAUGAAAUACGACCAGGCUUGAGCCUUGUUUCUAUUACCGGAGAGUUGGAAGUUAAAGAUAAUGUGUAUACUAUAAAGGCUUUAGAAGACAGGCCAAGUGUUAAGAGGAAAGCAUCGUCGAGUUCGCCAGUGCCUGUCAAGGAAGAGGUCCUUAAGGAAAGGAAACACGAGUAUGGAAAUUUAGAUCCACAGGAGCUACUUCAGAAACUUAACCAAGAAGGAUUUCAGGGCGCUAGAUUACAACACACACCUACAGCCACGAGUAUUCACUUGCAAGAUGAGGAUACUCUGAUUCAGAUCGGGGACAAUUCUACGCACAUAUUUUGCAACGGUGAUCAAAAGAUCCGUAGACGUCUGAGAACUAUAAUCAUGCAGUGUCUGAAAAGGUUUUGAGGUGCAAUAAUCUUUAGAGUAUUCUGACAUUUUCCGAUGUAUUUUAUGUGACAGAUCAACAUUUUAUAUAUAUAUAUAUAUAUAUAUAUAUAUAUAUAUAUAUAUAUAUAUAUAUAUAUAAAAUUUAUUCUUUUAAAAGGUGUUUUGUAUGUAAAAAGUGUUUUUAUACUUCUUUUUUAUUCUAAGAUAUUGAUCAUUAAUAUUAUGACUUAAUUAUAAGCGAAACAAUUUUCUACCGUCUUAUUAGACAACACGACGCUGAAAAAAAGUGGCUCUACGAAGAGGCUUUUGAUUAUAUUAAAAUAAUUUUACUUGUAAAAAUUUCUAAAUUACAUAUAUUUAAGAAUCAA